UCAGUUUCCUGAUAGGCUUGUCUCUAAAGCUCGGGUCGAGUUUUAGCUCCAUAUGGAUUCUGGUGCUCUCAAACUCCACCUGCUUCCAUGGAAGAUGCGGUCGCGAGGGCUCGAGAACCUGCCACUGGUCACAGAUUCCAGCGUUGGCCUCUGUGAACUUGACACGCACGACUCUCCAGGAGACUGGCCGCUUUCCCCCACUCCUCGGACCGGCGUAGCAGUAGCCGCUACGCUUGAACUUGAGACGCCCUCCCCGCAGCGCGCGCACGAGAGCCGCGGCGGGCGCCGGCAGCCGUGGGCUGAAGGAGCGCCUGUGCACCUGCGGGCCGUGCAGACUAUGCAGACUCUGGCGGCCGGGGAGCCGCGGGGCCCUGACGCACUGCGGAGCUUCCAGGGGCUGCUGCUGGACCGGCGCGGCCGGUUGCACGGAGAGCUGCUGCGCCUUCGCGAGGUGGCACGGCGCCUCGAACGCUUCCGCCGGCGCUCCCAGGCGGCCAACGUGGCGGGCAGCUCGCUGAGCGCAGCCGGCGCCGUGGCCGCCAUCGUGGGGCUCUCCCUGAGCCCCGUCACGCUGGGUGCCUCGCUCCUGGCAUCGGCCCUGGGGCUUGGGGUGGCCACCGCCGGAGGGGCCGUGACCAUCACAUCCGAUGUCUCCCUAAUCUUCUGCAACUCCCGGGAGCUGCGGAAGGUGCAGGAGAUUGCGGCCACGUGCCAGGACCAGAUGCGGGAGAUGCUGAGCUGCCUAGACUACUUCUGCCGCUGCCAGGGUCACGGCGAUGUCCAGCUGUUGCAAAGCGGGAGGAGUGCUUCCAUGGCCCUGUACAACUGCGUCUAUUUUAUCGUCUUCUUCAGCUCCCGUGGCUUCCUCGUCCCCAGGCGGGCAGAAGGGGCCACCAGGGUCAGCCAGGCCGUGCUGAAGGCCAAGAUUCAGAAACUGGCCGAGAGCCUCGAGUCUUGCACGGGGGCCCUGGACGAACUCAGUGAGCAACUGGAGGCCCGGGUCCGGCUUUGCACCAAGGCGGGCCUCAGCCAUGAUCUCAGGAGCCCAGAUGCACCGCCUGCUGCGCUGUUGUUCUGA